AUGGAUGACAACAGAUGUGAAUCUGACUUCCAUAUAGCUGAAAUGUCUGUUCUGAAGAAGUCAUCUCCGAUGCCAGCGAAUUCCACUGUAAUUAAAGGCUAUGAUUUUAAUGAUGGAAUUGAUUAUGACACUUUACUGGACUGCUACAUGUCUACUGGUUUCCAGGCAUCACAUUUUGCUGAGGCUGUACAGCAAAUAAAUGCGAUGUUAACAGUGCGGGAAGAACAGUUUGAAGGCGAUCUUACACUGCCGUAUCCGGAAGGAAAACAAAAAAGGGCAUGCACAAUAUUCCUCGGUUAUACAAGUAAUCUAAUCACUUCUGGUAUUCGAGAGAGUAUCCGAUACAUAGUUGAACAUGAUUUGGUGGAUUGCAUUGUAACAAGUGCUGGUGGUGUCGAGGAAGACUUGAUUAAAUGUUUGGAACCUUCAUAUUUGGGUGCAUUUGAUCUUGAUGGGAAGGCUUUACGUCAUAAUGGAUUGAACAGAGCUGGUAAUAUUAUCAUACCGAAUGAGAACUACUGUCAUUUUGAGGAAUGGCUAAUCCCUAUCCUAGACAAAUGUGAAUUGGAACAAAAAAAUAGUAAGUUCUCAUGGACUCCAUCGAAACUUAUUGAUAGACUAGGUGCUGAAAUCAACGACAAACGAUCAAUCUGCUACUGGGCUCACCGAAAUCGGAUUCCUAUUUUCAGUCCUGCAUUAACUGAUGGUUCAAUUGGUGAUAUGCUGUAUUUUCAUUCAUUCAGAAACGGUGGAAUUAAGCUGGAUAUUGUAGAGGAUUUGCGUCAUAUCAAUACGAUGGCAGUACGAUCAAACCGUACUGGCGUAAUACUUCUUGGUGGUGGCGUAAUGAAACAUCAUAUUAAUAAUGCUAAUCUUAUGCGAAACGGAUCUGAUUAUGCUGUAUAUGUGAAUACAGGCCAGGAAUUUGAUGGCAGUGAUUCGGGUGCUCGUCCGGAUGAAGCUGUAAGUUGGGGUAAGAUUAAAAGUGAGUGUAGGCCAGUGAAAAUAUAUGCUGAUGCGACACUUAUUUUUCCUCUGCUGGUCGCGAAGACAUUUGCUCGGCACGUUCAGAAGAAACAAUCGAAACUGCAGAAAACAUAG